CGGCACAGCAAAAUCCGCUGGGCUAAGACGCUGCGAGUUGGUGUCUGGUUGGCGUAGCUGCCUGCGAGUGCGGCUGACUGAAGAAAGGGGGAAGGAGAAAGGCAUUGGAGAUGGCUCAGCGGUUAAAAGCGCCUACCCUAAAACAUGAGGACCCUAAUUGAUCCCUGAGAUCCACACACUCUUGCGAGUUGUCCUGACUUCCCCCUCAAACAACCCAGCCUGUACUACCUGCCGGUUCAAGGCCGCCUCUCGCUGGCCUCCUCUGGAGCUCCAGACUUGCUGCUGCGGUCUACCCUGCAUCCUAGCUCGCCAUGGGGAACCACUUGACUGAAAUGGCACCUACGGCCUCAUCCUUUCUGCCACACUUCCAGGCACUGCAUGUUGUGGUCAUUGGGUUGGAUUCCGCCGGGAAGACUUCCCUUCUUUACCGCCUCAAGUUCAAGGAAUUUGUCCAGAGCGUCCCCACCAAGGGCUUUAACACCGAGAAGAUCCGAGUGCCCCUGGGGGGGUCCCGUGGGAUCACUUUCCAAGUGUGGGAUGUUGGGGGUCAGGAGAAGCUUCGGCCACUGUGGCGCUCCUACACCCGCCGGACAGAUGGACUGGUGUUUGUGGUGGACUCCGCAGAGACUGAGCGGUUAGAGGAAGCUAGAAUGGAGCUACACCGGAUCAGCAAGGCUUCCGACAACCAGGGGGUGCCGGUGCUGGUGCUGGCCAACAAGCAGGACCAGCCGGGGGCACUGAGCGCAGCCGAGGUGGAGAAGAGGCUGGCAGUCCGAGAGCUGGCAGCCGCCACGCUCACCCACGUGCAGGGCUGCAGUGCUGUGGAUGGGCUGGGCCUGCAGCCGGGACUAGAGCAUCUGUACGAGAUGAUCCUGAAGAGGAAGAAGGCACCCCGGUCGAGCAAGAAGAGACGGUGACCCGCGGCUGCCCCUACCCUACGUGCUAGGGGUCAGUACACAUUAUAGUCAGGCAGGGCCCGUGACCUCUCAGCCAGCCUGGGCGCUGGACCUGUCCACCUCAAAGGACUGAGGGAGCGUAGGUGGCCCUGUGUGCCACAUGGGGGAGGGAAGAUGAAAUGUCUUCACUGCCCUUCACCUGCAGAGGGUAGGGGCUGCAAGACCGGAGACAUAUGUAAAUGCUAACUGGCCCCGGCGCUCCUUUCCCUGCCCUAGCGUUUUAUUUGGAUAUAUAUAUUUUUAUCUUUGCAGGGGGAGGGUGUGUAGAAGGUUGUCCAGAGACUGCAUUUAGGGGGGAAACCGAGAACAUCUUUCCGCUCUCCACAAUUGAGGAGAGGGGUCUCCUCAGCCGCUCUUCUCAUCACAGUCUUUCUGUGUCUGUGAAAGUGCCAAGAGUUCUCCCCACGUUCGAAGAUCCCUGUCCCCUUUUUUAUAAACCUCGAGUGUCCUCUGUAUUACUGUUCUGUCGUUUUUAGUUUGGUUUUUUUUGUUUUUUGUUUUUUUUAGUAUUUGCCUGUAAGUUAUUAAAGUUGGAUGAUUCUA